AGAUGAACCGAGAGGACCCCACUGCCAGCACCUGUUGUCACCUGAGUAAAUCCAAGGCAGGGCUGAUAGGAUGUAGAGUAAAACUCUAAGGCCUCUGUGUUUCCUCUAUGGGAUUCUGGGAGGACAGGCUGACCGGGAAAACAGGAACCUUGUGGGUUCCCAGAGCAGUGCCCUCAAGGAAACUUGCAGAGGCAGCCUUUGAUAAAGCCAAGGUGGAAUCUCCCUACUUUAAGGUGCUCACGUCAUCUCAUUCUCCAGCCUCCAGGUGUCCAAAUCACCUGUCAUUGGCCCACACUCCUGUCUGCUGUCCCUGACCACAGCCACCAUGCCUCGUGGUCAGAAGAGUAAGCUCCGUGCUCGUGAGGAACGCCGCCGUAACAGAGGUGAGACCCAAGGUCUUAAUGCUCAGGCCACCACAGCAGGGGUAGAAGAGACCACUUCCUCACCCGUUUCUGUUUCUCAGGGUACUCUCCCGAGCUCCGCUGCUGCUGGCACUUGCCAGGAGCCUCAGGGAGCCCCAGCCACUAGCUCUCGUGAUGCAGGGGUUUCGUGCCCAGGAUAUGAUGUACGUGCCAAGGGCCAAGUUGAGGAAAGUAAAAAUUCCUCCCAGGCCUCAACCUCCAGGGAUCCUGGAAAGGAUCUUGUAACCAGGAAGGCAGGGAUGUUGGUGCAGUUCAUGCUGUGUAAAUAUAAGAGAAAGGAGCCCAUUAAAAAGGGAGAAAAGCUGAAGAUUGUCAACAAAAGGUAUAGGGAGCACUUCCCCGAGAUCCCCAGGAGAGCCUCCGAGUGCAUGGAGCUGGUCUUUGGCCUAGAAUUGAAGGAAGUCAAGCCCAACAGUCAUUCCUAUGCCCUUGUCGGCAAGCUAGAUCUCACCGAUGAUGGGCGUCGGAGCAGUGGCGGGCGGUUUCGGAAGAAUGGGCCCCUGAUGCCUCUCCUCGGUGUGAUCUUCUUGCAUGGCGACCGCGCCUCUGAGGAGGAGAUCUGGGAAUCCCUGAAUGUUUUGGGUGUUUUUGAUGGAAGGAGGCACUUCAUCUUGGUGGAGCCCAGGAAGCUUAUCACAGAAGAUUUGGUGCAGGAAAGGUGCCUGGAGUACCGCCAGGUGCCCAGCAGCGAUCCGCCAUGCUCUGAGUUCCUGUGGGGCCUGAGAGCCCGCGCUGAAACCAGCAAGAUGAAAGUGCUGGAGGUUCUGGAUAUCCACGAUACGGUCCCCACUGCCUUCCCACCCCACAAUGAAGAGGCUUUGAGAGAUGAGGGAGAGAGAGCCCGAGCCAGGGCUGCAGCCAGGGCUGGCACUACUGCCACUGCCGUGCGCGUUCCAGGGCCACAUCCAGCCUCUCCUCACACCCCUAGUGAGGUCUGAAGCCCACCCAUUCUUCACUUUGUGGUUGGAAAAGCCUGUUAACCAGUGUUCCUGAUAUGCUUAAAUAACUUGUUGACUUUUUUCCUGCAUUUUUAAUUGGUGUUCCUUUCAACAGAAAGUUUAUUUAG